UCGGACAGGCAAACCAACGCAGUUUCCUGCUGACCCUCUUGGUGUUCGUGCUGACCUCUCUGUAUGGGAUCAGUUUGGUGCUUUGCAGCAUCUGUCCUCGGCAGUAUGUCAUGACGGCUCUCUUCUACUGCCCCGGUGUCUACAGCCAGUCCAGCUCAGCACUUUGCUUCACGUGUGCGUGGUACAGCAGCAUUGUAACAGGUGGACUGCUUUACCUCUUAGUGGUGCAAGUUAGAAAUAUCAGCUUCAACGUGACGGAGCGGGAGGCUCAGCUGGCUCUGAGGAACAAAACGGGCCAGAGCCGCCUGUGGGGACUCGUCAUCGACACAGGAGAGUAUUCUCGUGGCUUCUGUCAGAACUGGGUUGAGUUCCUCACCGUGACAGAUGCUUCAGUCUCUCCUCGCUCCAGCCUCACUGACUUGGUCUAGUUUCACUUUAUACUUUAUCCUGAUCACAGACUGUUAAUGCAGCAUGUCUGAAGAACUUCAUCUCUAGUAUUUCCUUGGAUUUAUCAGCUGAUGACUUCCAAUGCUCACUGCAUUCCACCCUCUUUAAUAUCAAACAUCACAAACUGUCUUUAACUCGGAAAUAAGU